AAUAACUAUGGGAUGGGAGUGGUAUAUAAAGAAAGCCAUUUCAAUGAAACAAUAACAUUCUUUCUGGAAUUUCUAGCGGGAAACGGAGAUGUCAAGCAGCAAUUCACAGAAGGAGAUUCUAACCCUAAUUCGUGAUGUCUCUACAGAAAAAUCUCAAGGAGAACGUAGAGUAGUAAACCUGAAGCGGCAAAUCGAAGAACUGCAAUCGGAACUUGAGUCGGUGAAUGCAGAGCUUGAAGACGCAAAGCGGUUGAAAGAGUGUACGGAACAGGAUCUUAAAGGAUGCGAAGUUGAAUUGGCUAUGAAUGAGUCCUCGAUUCAAACCCUAGAGGGGCGGAUUGCUUUGCUUCAAGGUGAAGUAUCCACAAUCGGAUCUGAUUUGGAGGCACUUAAGAAUGAAGAAUGGGCUUUGCGAGAUGACUUCAUUGGAAAGAUGUUUGACCUAAAUGCAAUGAUCAGAAAGUUUCACCAGUCUGUAGAUUCAGCUAGUUAUGAAGCAUUUAGCAGCAAAGCUGUAUUGCAAAACGUGCACACUGAAAAUGCUCAUACAAAACAAGUUGAAGAAGGAAAGAAGGAUCUGGAACGUGAGCUGGCUCAAAUAAUCUCUGAUACCGAAAAGAUGGAACAUGAAUUUCUGUUGGAGCAAAACCUUCAUAAGCAGGAGCAAAAUGAGGUGGAUGGUCUGAAGCAAAGAAUAUCUUUAAUGGAAGCAGUAAUGGAAGGAAGCAAGGAGCUUCAAGCUGUAGCAAUGCAGAGUGCGAGAGUUGAAGAGGCAUAUAAUUCCCUUUGUGACAAGCUGCAGAAGAAAUGCGUGUGUCCCGGCUGUGCUUGCGACAAUGUGGAAAUACUCGGUGGAGUUCUUCAGAAAAGCUCAGAAAUCUAACAUCGUGGAAAUCUUUUUUAGCUUUUUAUCUCCAAUCCCAGGUUUGAUGCACCAGAUCAUGGAGCUCAAGCUCCCCUCCAAGAGCUUGCAAUGUCACUUUUCCUUUCCCCGAUGAUCGUUGGCUCACCGAUUUUCAGUGAAGAAAAAGCUCCGAAACUGGGCUGGUUUUCUCGGACGGGGCUGGGUGUCACCGAGCCCUUCCCGGCUCCCACUAUGUUUGCCCUUAUACACCAUGGUUUUAAUUUAUACAUUGGUAUUAAUAUACAAUUCAAAGAGUUUGUAGCC